AUGAAGAAUAACACAGAGGUGAAAGAAUUCAUCCUGCUGGGACUAACCAAUGCCCCAGAGUUACAGGGUCCUCUCUUUCUAAUGUUUACCCUCAUCUACCUCGUCACUCUGAUUGGGAACCUGGGGAUGAUCAUGCUGAUCCUGCUGGACUCUCGUCUGCACAUUCCCAUGUAUUUCUUCCUCAGUAACCUGUCGCUGGUGGACUUCUGUUACUCCUCAACAGUCACUCCCAAGGUCAUGGCUGGAUUACUUAUAGGAGACAAGGUCAUCUCCUACAAUGCAUGUGCUAUGCAGAUGUUCUUUUUUGUAUUCUUUGCAACUGUGGAAAACUACCUCUUAGCUGCAAUGGCUUUUGACCGCUAUGCAGCAGUGUGUAAACCCCUCCAUUACACCACCACCAUGACGACAGGUGUGUGUGCUCGUCUGGCCAUAGGCUCUUAUGUCUUUGCUUUUCUAACUGCUGCUAUUGAUAUUAGAGAUACAUUCAGUCUCUCUUUCUGUAUGUCCAAUGUGGUCCAUCAUUUUUUCUGUGAUAUUCCAGCAGUCAUGACUCUGACUUGCUCAGACAAAGACAUUAAUGAGUUGAUUCUCAUGCUUAUCUCAAGCUUUAAUAUCUUUUUUGCCCUUUUUAUAAUCUUGAUUUCCUACAUGUUCAUAUUUAUCACUGUUUUGAAGAUACAGUCAGGUGAGGGAUACCAAAAGGCUUUAUCUACCUGUGCUUUUCACCUUGUUGCAGUUUCCUUGUUUUAUGGGACAGUCAUUGUCAUGUACUUACAACCAAGUUCCCAUCAUUCCAUGGACACUGACAAAAUUGCAUCUGUGUUCUAUACUAUGGUCAUCCCAAUGCUGAACCCUAUUGUGUAUAGCUUGAGGAACAAAGAGGUCAAGAAUGCUAUAAAGAAGAGUUUUGAGAAGACAAGAUAUUCUUCAGGUUUAAUCUUCUAG